CACCAAAGAUCAUUUUCGAUGUCGACUGUGUUAACAUGUGCGAUAAGUUGCUUCGCUGUGUAGAGUGAAUGGUUUGUGUAUGGCUGUCAGUAUGCUUCUUAUAUGUUGUAAACGAGUAAUUGUUUCAGCCAAGUGAAGAAUUAAUGUUUAGUAUGUUAACAGUCAACAAGUGUCCUUCCUAUAAGCAGUUUCUUAUUAUUCUAUUAUUCUUGGUUGGUUUGGACAUUUUUAACCUAGAAAGAGUUGAUGUUAUCACGGCGGCAUGUUUGUAGUAGAAGAAUACCAAUUUGCUGUUCUAACAAAACUUUGUCUGUGUUUGAUCAUUGUGAAUCGUCAGUGGGGACUUGCGUAUAAUUUCACUGAGAUAAAUCUACCCAAGGAACAUAUUUCAUACUACUUUAAUAGUUAUCCAGAAAUAGCUGAGAAAUGUAAAGUAGAUCCAACAUGUCCAUAUAAAGAUAAACUUAAUCAAAAGGUUUGUUGGGGUUAUGAGCAAGGAUGUAAAUUCCAGGACUCAUAUUCCAUACCCUCAUGUCCUGGAGAUCAUAAAGGUUGGGUUAAGACAAAACAAGAUCAGCUUAAUACUUUCUAUACUCAGGGAGAUUUUGGUUAUGUACGGGAGCAACUACAAGAAAUGAUGGUUAUGUGUGAACCUACAUUUAUGGAAGAUUCAUCUCUUGAAUGCACGAAACAUCUAAGGUUUUGUAGAGGCCGCAAUCUCAUGUUAAAUUUUACAGAUUUAUCCUCUCGCAAGGAACAGUUGCGAUAUAAGAUGGAUAUUCUGAAAGAAGGUCAAUUUGGAGGAUAUUGUCGGUUACAUAAAUCCAGAUUGGAAAAUGAAUGUGAUCAAAUCAGCCCAUUGCAGUCGUGGGGACCUGAGUUACGUUAUUUUACUGAAUUACCGAGGCGACCAAUUAUAGAGAAAGACUGUGAUAUCGUGAUUGAAAAACCUACUUUCAUAUUAAAAAUCGAUGCAACAGUCAACAUGUACCACCAUUUCUGUGAUUUUUUUAACUUAUAUGCAUCACUGCACGUCAACUCUUCACAUCCAAGCACUUUUUCAACUGAUGUUCACAUCUUAAUAUGGGAAACUUACACGUACCAGUCCAGUUUUGGAGCAGCGUGGGAGGCUUUUACGUCGCAUCCCGUGUGGGACCUCAAGACAUUUCGCGGAGAGACCGUGUGCUUCCGGAACGUCGUGCUUCCACUACUCCCAAGGAUGAUUUUUGGCCUUUACUAUAAUACGCCUAUUAUCUGGGGAUGUGAGAAAAGUGGUCUCUUCCACGCAUUCUCAAGACAUACUCUUCAUCGAUUAAAAAUUCCUCUACAUAAACGUUCAGAUAAAAAAAUUCAUGUUACGUUACUGUCCCGGGAUACUGCAUACAGGAGAAUUUUGAAUGAAAAGGAACUCAUUGAAGGUUUACAUGAGAACCCAGAUUAUGUUGUUAAAAGGGUCGUCUACAAUAGGGAUAUUGACUUCAAGAAACAGUUAGAAAUUACAUAUAACUCUGAUAUUUUCAUUGGAAUUCAUGGAGCUGGCUUGUCACAUUUGAUGUUCUUACCUGAUUGGGCUGUGCUGUUUGAAUUAUAUAACUGUGAAGAUGAGAGCUGCUACUCAGAUUUGGCCAGACUGAGAGGAGUAAAGUACAUCACUUGGCAAGACAGGAACAAGCUUAUACAACAAGAUGAGGGUCAUCAUCCUGAAGGAGGAGCUCAUGCUAAGUUCACUAACUAUGCGUUUGAUGUCGAUGAAUUUCUUAGACUUGUUGCCAUAGGAGCUAAACAUGUGAAACAUCAUGCGGCAUUCAAGGAGUUUCAUGCGACGCACCAUGAUGAGUUGUAGUUGAAGGUGCAACAGAAUCUGCUCAGCACAAUCCGACAACUGUAAGAAUGCCUUAUUUAUUAUAUCACCAGCCGUUCACGACAAAUUUUUAUUUAAUUUUCCUGUUACUAGAUUUAAACAAACAAAUGAAGGCAGGUGGAUGUAGGAUGUGUCACAGCGAGAAAAGUGGUUUAUUCCUUUUGAAAUCUGUUAAUCUGAAGUCAUGCCCCAUUUAUUUAAGUUUAAGGCUGUUGUUCGUUGUUUGCAUAUUGAAUAAUCACAUCAACAAAUAAAUUAAAAUUGAUCGAAUGCAGAUCUUCGAACUUCAAAAGAACCAAAAGUUUCAUUGUCAUCACGAAGCUCGGAAAGGGAUGCCCCGCCUUAAUUCCCGUCUUCGUGUUUUAUCACGUGAUGAUUUUAUUUCACAAGGAACGCAAUGGAUCUGUGAUAUUAAUGCGGAAUUUCAGCUAGAGUGUCCUUUCCUAGAAAAUUUAAUAAUUAUGGUAUAAUAUACAGGUGACCUGUUUGGUUUGUGGAUAAAAUUAAUGUUUUAGUGUUAUUUGUUCACUGUUAUGACUCAGUAUUUGACGUACAUUGCUUCAAGCAGUAGUGAGUUGUGAUUUGACUCUCCCUUCCCAACCAGACAUAGCACGGUUCAUAAUGAGUCUAAAUUGUUACUAAUCUUGUGUUUUAUGUUAUUUAUGUGUUGUGCGUGCAUGUGUAAGAAAUUAUUGUGAAGAGACUUAUUGGUUGCUGGAUGAAUCUUAAAUUAAGUAAUUUCCUGCUGCCGUAACAGAGAGGGAUGUUAAUUGAUGAACUUUAUUUUUAAAUAGCAUUGAUGUGAAAUAAUAAUACCGUUUGUAACAGAUUUCAUUUGUUAGUUCAGAUUGUUAUUAAAAAGCAGCAACAUUUACUUUAACGCCUGUGAAAAUAAUACAGACACUACAAGCUUAUAA